AUGUCAGAAAUGCUGACUAGACUGCUGACAUUCAACAGCAGUAGCAACAAUAGAGUUUAGUAUGAUAAUGUAGAAUAUGAAACUUAUAGGUUUUGCGUUAAGAGAAGAGCUAGAGGCGAUAAUUUAAAAAAGUAGAGAAUGCUUUAUGCAUUUAUUCCAGAUUAUGUUUUAAAGAGCAAUAAAAUUUAAACGAGCAAAUACACAAUUUUAAAUUUCAUUCCUAAAAUUUUAUAGUAUCAAUUUAGUAAGCUAGCUAAUAUCUACUUCUUUAUUAUUGGAUUAAUGCAAAUGAUACCUUCAAUUUCUAUUAGCGAUGGAAAACCUGUCAUGUUUCUCCCUUUUUCAGUCAUAAUGGGAGUUUCAGCAUUCAAAGAAUUACUUGAAGAUAUGAAAAGACAUAGGUAAGAUAGAAGAGAGAACAAGGGAUUUGUUUAGAGAAUUGACAAAUAAGAAGUUAUUUAAACCUAAAGUCAAGAUAUUUAUCCUGGGCACGUGAUUAAAAUUGAAAAAAACUAAUAAAUACCUGCUGAUAUUGUAAUACUAAAAGUAAGUGAUGAAAAUGGCAUUUGUUUUGUAGAGACUAUGAAUUUAGAUGGUGAAACUAAUCUAAAAUAAAAAACAAGUGUUAAGGAAGUUUAGGAAUUAACAAUAGAUGACAUAGAAUAGAAUAUAUCUGUGACUUAUGAAGCACCUAAUAGAUAUCUUUACCAAUUUAAUGGAAAGAUUAAAUAUUAAGAUAAAUUUGAGGUUUCUUUAAAUAACUCUAAUGUCCUUUUAAAGGGUAGUGAUUUAAGAAAUACUGAAUAUGUUUAUGGACUAGUCAUUUACACAGGUCCUGAGACAAAAGUUAUGAUGAAUUCAAUAGAGCCAAGUCCUAAACUGAGCAGUUUAGAAAGAUAGAUGAAUAAGCUGAUUAUUGUUUUGUUUUUAAUAUAAAUGCUAUUAUGCGUUUUUAGUGCUUAUUUGUCAUAUUUUAUGUUCAAAGAUAGCAAGGAUGAAAUGGACUAUCUCUAUCAUCAUGAUUCAAAUCAAGACUCAGAAAUAAACAUAUCUAUAACUAAGUUUAUCUUUAUUAAGUGGGGUACUUGGGUUUUAAUUUUUACUAAUUUUAUUCCUAUUUCGCUGCUAGUUACUUUGGAAUUGGUUAAAUUUUAUUAGGGAUUCUAGGUUUAAAGAGAUGAGAAAUAUUAUUAUAAUGUAUCUGUUUAAUCCAGUAGUUUGAAUGAAGAACUAGGACAGAUAAAUCACAUAUUUUCUGAUAAAACAGGCACCUUAACAUAAAAUAAAAUGGAAUUCAAGUCAAUCUGUGUAGAAGGCAUUAACUAUGGUGGCAGUAAUUAAGGUACUAAUCCUAAAAUUAGCAGCAUAUCUAGGAUAAGCACAUUCACAAAUAAUCUAAAAAAAGAGAAAAAUGUAGAUUUCGAAGACUAUAAUUUCCAAAUCUAGCUUUAGUAAAAUAAUUAAAGAGUGUGGGAUGCUCUUUACUGUUUAGCAAUUUGUCAUAAUGUCAUUGCUGAGCUUCCAGACAUAGAUGAUUAAACUAAAGAAAUUACGUAUAACGCUGCAUCUCCUGAUGAGUUGGCUCUUGUAUCUUUUGCCAAAUUUUCUGGACUUACUUUUAAGGGUGCUGAAACUAUUCACAAUAAGGAAUAUUACAAUGUAAGAAAUAACAUAAAGCAUUUAGAUGAAGUUUAUGAGAUCUUAUAAGUAUUUGAGUUUGAUAGCACUAGAAAGAGAUUCACAAUAAUCACAAGAAGCUAAAAAAAUGAAAUAGAAAUGUUCAUGAAAGGAGCAGAUAAUAUAAUUGAGAGCUUAUUGGGAGAACCAGAUAACUGGGAAAGAGAAGUGCUACUGAAAACUAAGAAAGUAGCUCACGAGUAUGCUACUCAAGGACUUAGAACGUUGUAUUUGGCCAAGAGAGCUAUCAACAACGAUUUUUAUAACUAAUGGGAAUAGUAAUACAAUAAUGCUAAAAAAGAGUUGGUUGACAGAGAAUAAAAAAUGGAAAAAAUCAGGCUUUUGAUUGAGAAAGACUUGAAGUUGUUAGGAUGUACUGCUAUAGAAGACAAGCUUUAAGAUGAUGUUGGGCCUACAAUUUACCAAUUUAGAUAGUCAGGAAUUAAAUUUUGGGUUUUAACUGGAGAUAAAAAGGAAACAGCUAUAAACAUUAGUUUAUCUAGUAAAAUUAUAGAUUAAGACACACAUUUAAUAGAUUUAGACUUUAACAACGAAGAAGAUCUAAGAAAAAGCAUUGAAUAAUACAAUUAAGAUCUUGAAACAUAAAAUUGCUUUGGAUAAAAAAAGAAAGAGUCUGUUAUAAUAUAAGGAGAAACAUUCCAUUUUAUAGAAAAAAAUAAAGAAUUAUCUAGUGCUUUUGUUAAGCUAUGUCUUAAAACCGAAACAGUAAUCGGAUGCAGAUUUUCACCAAAGUAAAAAUAAGCUGUUGUGUAAAUGGUCAGAUAAAAUACUAAAUAUUACCCUACUCUUGCUAUUGGAGAUGGAGCUAAUGAUGUCAAUAUGAUUUUGCAAGCACAUGUUGGUGUUGGUAUCAAAGGUGUAGAAGGAUCUUAAGCUAGUAGAGCAAGUGAUUUUAGCAUUUCUGAGUUUAAGUAGCUUCGUUAUUUGCUGUAUGAUUUUGGGAGAGAAUGUUAUAGAAAAAAUAGUGAAUUGGUUCUCUAUAAUUUUUACAAAAACGUUUUGCUUGUAGUGCCUCAGUGGUGGUAUGGACUUUUAUAUAAUAUGUUUAGUGGAGUUUCGUUUUAUGAUCCAUGGCUUUACUAAUUAUACAACACAUUCUAUACAGCUUUGCCUAUUGUUAUUUAUGCUAUUAUUGACAGAGAACACAGACAGGAAGACUUAAUUUAUAGCAGUGAUUUAUACCUACCUGGUAUGAGUUACAAUCAUUUUAAUGUUAAAAAAUAUAUUAUGAAUCUCAUUAAUGGAUGCUUUUAAUCAUUCAUUCUUAUGUAUUUUACCUUCGCUACACUUGAGAACAGGAACUUAAAUGAAGAAAGCAACUCAUACAGCUUUUAUGCUGUGACUGGUAUGGUUUCUUAUGGAUUAAGUGUUUUGGUUUCGAACUUAAAAAUAUUCACAUUUUCUUAUGCUAAUACAUUCUAUUCAAUAUUUUUUGUUUUUGGAAGCUAUGCUUUUUAUCUAAUCACAUACUACUUCUUUACUGAGUACAAUCUUAAAAACGAUCUCUAUAAAUCUUUUAGUUUUAUGAAUUCUAAUUUAACGAUAUAUUUUUUGACGAUUCUAGUUGCUUCGAUUUGCUUUUUGCUUGACUUACUUUAUCAAAGAUUAGUUGACUUCUAUUAAUCCAGUAUUCAUGAAUAAAAUCUGGUAGAUAAUCCUCCUGAGAAACCUACAAAAUAAAUGUCUUUGAUUCUAAGUACAUCCUAAAAGCAGAGUGUUGUUAAAAACAGUAAUUAUCACUAUCAGCAAAUGCUUUUACAAAAUUCUUAAAAUUAAAUUGAACUUUAAAACUUAAAUUAGCAUUUUUCUUAAAAAUUUUGA